UAAGCUAGUUCCGGGUAACGGUACGGAUUCAUCAAAUAGUCCGUGCAUGGCAUGGUUGACAGGACGGCUAAAGAUUCGGAACUGGGUCGGGCGUUUUUAUGAGACUGGAGCUGAAGUUCAGCUGUUAAACUAAGAAGUAACUCCGUCUCCUCUCGCAGUUUGACCCGCUGUCCUCACUUUCCGAGAGCGGAUUUCCUCAUUUGUCAUUGCUCGGCUAGCUAACUAGUUAACGUUGCUCUUUGAAAAUGGCGGAUGUAACAGAGAAGAGUCUGGACGAUUUCUUUGCCAAGCGGGAUAAAAAGAAGAAGAAAGAGAAAGGGAAGGGCAAGGAGUCCGCUGCCGGGCCCACGUCCGCCGCGGUGAAGAAGACCAAGAAGGAGAAGGACAAAUCUGCGAAAAACGAGAACCAAGACUCGCAGCUUGAGAAGGAGGAUGAGGAAUGGAAAGAGUUUGAGCAGAAAGAAGUGGACUAUAGCGGGCUCCGGCUCCAAGCUUUACAGAUCAGUGAUGAAAGGGAGGAAGAGGAGUACGAGAAGGAGGAGGUUGGUGAGGAUGGAGAGAUAAUUCUGGUCAGUGGCGAUAAGGUGUCAGGGCCCUGGAACAAAUCUGGUGCUGCUCCACCUCCCGCUGCAGUCGUUGAGGAUGUAGAGGUGCCUGAAGCAAAGCCCUCUGGUGUAUAUCGCCCUCCUGGGGCUCGGCUGACCACCACCAGGCGAGGCCCAACUCAGGGCCCUCCUGAGAUCUUUAGUGAUUCACAGUUUCCCUCUCUGCUGGCCACUGCCAAGCAUGUGGAGACACGCAAGGACAGGGAAAUGGAGAAGACCUUUGAAGUUGUAAAACACAGGAAUCGUGCCAGAGAGGAGACCAUGGGCUCAUCUAUGCAGCAAUUGCAGCUUGACAACCAGUACGCUAUCCUGGGGGAUAAGUAAAGCCCCUCCCCUCCGUCCCCUGGCUCCUCCAGCUUGGUCCUGCCCAGCCCCUUUAAGGAAGCUGAACUCUAGCUGUGUGGACCGCAGUCCUGUUGGAGCUCAAGUUGCCACCAUCACCACACUGGCUACACACACACACACACACACACACACACACACACACACACACACACACACACACACACACACACACACACACACACACACACACACACACACACACACAGCCUACAUACUUGUUUAACACAUGUACAUACAUUUGGUUGGCCAAACUGAAGGACUACAUCUGAAGGGGCAGCUGAAAGAGGGAAGUAAUCGAAAAGGAAUUGGCAAAAUACACCUAAACGUACAACACGGCAGCAGCAACAAAAGACAACAUAGUUGUCCUUUGUGGAUUGUACUCAGAGCAGCAGUUGUGUGGCACAACUUCUCUCUGGACUUCGAUAAAGCCACAGAGGAAUAAAGAUGACUUUAGGCAAGAUGAUUUUACAAACUGAAAAUAUCUAUUUUUUGCAAGAUCAUUAUAGCCCAAUCGCACGUGGUUAUGUUGGGUAUUUUUUGAGUUGCGGUUGGGGUAUCGGGAGUGGGAAUACUACCUCAGCAUCAAAGCUGGUGGUGACAAUGUAGACUGAGCGUUUCUUUUUUGCUGUGGUGGUGAGCGGGGCGAACACCAACCCCUUCCACAUAAAACCUGGCCAACAGGCUUUUUGAUUUAAAAACUUGAAGCUUUGUUUUUUUUUCCCCUUAAUGAUGAUGAUGAUGAUGACGACAACUGCAAAGAUCAAUGGACAAGAUGCGCUGCUUUAGGGUCCUCAUUUAGACAUUCUAUAUAAAGUGGCCUUACUAAUGGAGAAACACAGCUUUUGUCAGAACUUUGCUUGUCGUCUGGGCUGAUGCUGGUCUAUGGAUCUCCCCACUCUCGAAAAAAAAAUCAUAUAAAAGGAAAAAAUCUCUGAGGAAUGUAGUGCUGUGGUAGUAUACCUGGUGAUUACUACUAACUGUCUCUCAUAUCCACUGUUUGAUUUCGAUCUCUCUAGACAUCAGUAAGUGUCAGCAAAGCUUCUUUCGAAUCUGAACCCAUUGUGUUUGUGACAUUUUAUUGUGGUUUGGCAGCAGGUGGUCACAGAUGUUACACUGACAACUGAAUAGUAGAAAAACCACUCAAAAUGCGAAGUUGAGGUUAUUCGCUUGUAAUGUUGUGAAGUGGUACAAUGCGUUUUCUUCCAUUAAUCGGAGCUUAUCAUCCUGCAAGAUACUGUCUCAGCCCUCGUUGCAACGUGUAUAACCGGUAGCCUGUGCAUAACUUCCAGAGCUCCCACUACUUGUGUUUAUGUUAAUGCAAACUGUCACCAAACCAACAGAGUACUAUCUAACAACAGUGGCAUUCCCACUUUUUAUUAUGAGCAUAGUUCUACUUAGAAAGGAAAGAACUGGACUUAUAUUGUUUGUCCCUUUAUAUAAAAUCUAUCCAAGUGUCGGUUCCUGUUGGGAAAACUUAGUGGACAAUAAUAAUAUUUGUGAUGAAAAUAGAAGAGCCUAACAAAACAUAAACUGAUCCUUGUGACUUAACUCUUGUCUGAAUCUGCAAAGUUAAAAAUUGGAAUUUUGACGGUGUCUUGUUUUUAUUUUCUACGAAAGAAGUCUCCUCCAUUUGUCAACGAAAUAGCUAUUCCAUUUAUAAUCCCAUAUGUUGAUAUCGUGUCUCAUUUUGUCAGAGUAGGCAUUAAUUUAUCCACCAUUUGUCACAACCAUCAAAGGUUUCAGCUUUUUUGGGAAAACAAACCGGUUAUUCUGAAAUAAAAUAAACUUUUCUCAUGCAA